AUGGACCCCCGAAUCAGGCCGGAUGUCAGAACUAUCGGUGGAAGCGCUCUCCGCGCCCUGUCCGCUGCGUUAGUGAGCCAGGAGGCGGUAUGCCAGAUGAGGUCUGUGUCUCGAUGUCCUGCUGCUAUUUUGGAGUUUGUCUGCCCAUGCUCGGGGUCCACCCAGAGCAUCGACUUCAGGCGGCGCACAGAGGCCGGUCAACAGCCUGAGCCUUCGGAUUGGCGAGACUCGCAGAGGAGGGGGAACAGCCGGUGGGCUAGCGAGACCAGGAGGCUGGCUGUCACCACACAGACGCAAAACCGCCCUGGACCUGUGCUCUGCAUCGACAAGUGGGAGGGCAGGAAUUGCGCGAGAGGAUUCCAGGCCAUCAGGCAUGGCAUGGCAUGGCGAGUCGCACGGCAUCCCGAAGCGGGAGCAGAUGCCAGGGGUACAGGUACAUGGCUAUCGCGCGGCCGAGGCGUCAUCGAGCGCUGGUCGCAAGUAGCGCAUACUUCGUGCCUGCUUGAGCCGCUAGCACAAGCUACCAUCAAGAGGCGCGCCUGGAGGGGAAAAUGCGAUGCUGAAGAGGCGGGCCGUUGA